AUGAGUGACAAAGCGUCAACAAACUCUACUGAAUUCGUUGCUGUGGGUAAUGCCGACGAGGUGGCUAUGAUCUAUGGCAUUGAGCAAGGAGCAGAAUACACCGACCCAGACUACACAGACGAAACACAGAGCCUCACGUCAAGCAUACGCCAACACAUCAUAGACGGAGGUCUACGGUAUCACGCAUACCAUGCUGGACAGUACGCAUUUCCCAACGAUGAGAAUGAGCAACGUCGCGAUGAUCUCAAGCACGACCUGACAUUGCACCUCUGCGAUGGAAAGUACUUGCUGGCCCCCAUUGACGAAAUGCUCCAGAACGGAGCUCAAGUGCUCGAUCUCGGAACCGGCAAUGGAAAGUGGUGCAUAGAAUUGGCAGACAUUUAUCCCAAUGCUACGUUUCAGGGAAUGGAUCUCUCCCCAAUCCAGCCUGACUGGGUGCCGGAAAACGUGUCCUUUGUUGUGGACGACAUUGAGCAUGCAGCCGGCUGGACCUACGACGACAACAUGUUUGACUACAUUCACAUCCGACAUAUUGUACACUCCAUCAGAGACCGACAAGAACUCUGGAGACGAAUAUACAAACACCUAAAGCCUGGCGGCUACGUUGAAAUUCAAGAGUUUGAGUACAUUGCGGGGUGCGACGACUCCUCGUGCGACGGACCCUACCCGUGGCGCGACUUUCUUGAGAACCUGCGCCGAGGCUUGCAGGCGCUCGGCGGCUCCGACCUGCUCGGGAUCCGGCACGUCGGGGAGGAGCUCUCGCAGGCGGGCUUCCAGGACAUUGGGUACCGCCGCAAAAAGUGCCCCAACGGGCCCUGGGCGCGCCGGCGGCGGCUACAAGAGUGCGGCCAUAUUUUGCGCGACGUCUGCAUGGAAGGGCUCGUCGGCCUCGCUCGCCGUCCCUUUCGUGACGGCCUCGAGUGGACGCCGGCCCAGACCGAGGUCUUUCUCAUUGACGUUCGCAAGUCGCUCACGGCGGUUGGGGAUAAUGGUUUGCCAAAGUAUCACUCGUAUUUUCCGUUUCAUAACUUGCAUGCGCGGAAGCCUCUGGAUGCAUGA